AUGUCUUGGAAGUUUGCUGAGCUCAAAUGGCGUCAAGACCUGGGUAUCUACGAGAGUUGGGAUGGUAGAGAUGUCGACUGGCUGCCCCUCGAGCGCAAGAGAGCGAUCAGAGCCUUUCAAGAGAGGCAGAAGGUCUCUCACCCUCAUCGCAGGUCCAUAUCGUUGCAGCAUUUCCCAAUGAAGCAGGUUACGCGUGAUGGUAGCGACGGUAACAGUGAAGUGCAAACGCUCCCCGCACUUCCUGCGCUGCCUUCUCAGAGAAAAGAGAAAGCCUCAAACAUUGAGGAGUGGUGCCAGCAGAACAAGGAAGACUUUCUUCGACCAUUGGCACUUGAUUGCAGGGCAGGAGAAGACACUCUGUCACCAGUCCAGAGAUCUCACAGCUUUUCAGCUGUCAAGAACCGUCCGGGACAAGUCCAAGCAGCUCCUACAGAUUCUGAGGACGAAAAGCUGCGAGAAGCAUCACCUAACCACAAAGAAGACAGUCAAAUAGGUCCAGGCAGCUCCCUGUAUCCCAGUAGUGCUGCUGAAAGUCGUCUUUCGACAGGUCUCGGGAGCCGCGAAGAGUUGAGACGGCUCCUUGAGCACGUUCAACCGCCAGCAUACAGAACAUCAGCAGGGUCUUCAGAGGCGGACGGAAGCUCUGGUAUCUGCUUGGUUCGUUCCCUCUUCUCCUCCCGCAACCAGACCGCUGACAUUCAAGCGAAGGGAUUCGAGCAGCUUCAGCCCUGGUGCUCAAGCGCCACAGACUUACUGUCUUCCAGCAUCACGACCAGAGACUUCUUGAGGUUCGCUGGAGGCAAGUACAGGCUCUUGAACAGCAAAAGAGUCCCGGCUCCUUGCGACAUCGCGUCACCUUCAGACACCUCGGCAACAGCCCUUCCAUCAACAGUGUCUAGGCACCGCUCAACCUCGUUACUGCUGCCCCAUUCAAGAAUGGCAGACUUUCGUCCGCGGUCCCGUAGUAAUGUCGGCAGCCCCUUCCAAGAUCGAAGCCACGAUGUUCAGCAAGGAAAUGCAGUGGCUCUGACAGCAACGCGCCGAACCACGCCAACAUACCCGACACUCCAAGAGGCACAUGCAUCUGUGACAGGCAGUCUCGCAACGCCUCACAUGCAAGCUGCCACUCCUGAUACAGAUACCCUCAACAACGUGUAUGCUCGGCCACAGGCUGGAUCCUCGAUCCGCGACCGUACUACCAAUCAUUCGGCAGCCUGGAGUCCUUAUGACAACGCCAAUAUUGACACACUUGCGUAUCGACCAACUCCUCGGAUGCCAUUCCAGCAACCGGAGUCUCCAGAUAGUCUCGAACAUGACUUCCCAGGGGAAGUGGUCGACAACCCUGCUGGCCUGCGCUUGGGCACCAACGAUGUCGCUCUGAGAUCAACCUGGAGCAGCAUCCGCCAGAGUCCUGCCACACAAGCCCAUCGCGCGACCUAUGUGCCCUCAGAGGAGUCGUCAGGUCUUGGGGGAGCCGCUCGUACAAUUCAUGUGUCUCCAGAGGCCACCCGGAGUCCUUUACGAUCCAAUGGACACCGUAUUUCCUCCUCGCCUCCUAGCUACGGCUCAACACGGGACUUGCUUGGUAGAAGUGGCGCGAAUGGUCUCUCUCUCCAAGAAGCAACAUUGCCGCUUGUUCCUGUUACCAAUGGUCAUAGACAAUUGACAGGCUCUACCUUAGGGGAAGACUUUGCUGUGCACACUCUCGAGCCGAGUCAUCGUCGUCAAAAUGGUGUCACUUCCAACGAAUUGGGUGCUUAUCCAUUUCCUGUUGCGACAUCUGAUUCGAUCGGUCGCUUCAAUCCCUCCACUUUUCCCGUGGCAUAUGGUCCCGUACGGCAGCCGAGCGGUGGUGCUACAGACACAGCAUCGGAUGACGAAGAUGUUGACCGCAGUCUCUUGGAAACCGACCACGCGCGCAACAGCCAUACAGGCACCAACGGCUUUCCGACACGAGAAGAGGAUGAAGCCUGGGAGACCACACAAGGUACAGACACUCAGCGCAACUCUACUGUACCUGAUGGUAGCAUUCCAGCUUUUGGAAGUGAUCUUGCUGGAGGUCGUGCCACUGUUUGGUCUCCGCUAGCGCCUAGCAACCAGAAUUUGGGAAGUGAAAUCACUCGAUUGCGCUCGGCUAACAACCUGCACAACAACGAGUCUGCACACACUGAGAUUCUACAAGGUUCGCGCGAUUUCAGUCCAUUGCCUGCAACACCUGAGGACACAGACGACUGGCCUCAGCCAUACCUUCCUCGAACGCGUCGCUACAGAAGGAAUCUCAAUCAUCAAGGAAAUACCGACAGCCUCACAGGUUCUCCUGCUCUGUCCCGACAGCCCGCCAACUCCGAUACGCUGUUCGAGAUGGCGUCCGACGAUUCUACCAACGACGAGCGCGAAGCGCGCCGUCGUGCCAUAGAAGCAGAGAUCGAGCGCUACGAUCCAGACAGAGCCCGCCCCGUCCGCGUUUUUCGAAACGCAACUCUAUACCACGAUCGCCGCGUUUUCGCUAUCCAGAACGAUCGUGGUCUCGUCUCCCGCCAGCGCCGCCUCACCAGCGUGCUCCUGGUCGCUUCUCUGGUCGUGCUUCCGUUCGGUGGCUUUGCUAUGGUGGACAGCAUCGCCAACAAUGGCGCGUGGGCGCGUGGCUUCCUCUUGGAAGUCUCUACCGCGUGUGGCGGCGUGCCCGUCAACCACGUCCACCAGGAGGACGCUGUGCUGGCCGCGCGGUGCCUUCGCUUCGGCUCGGUGUUCGUUGUGGCUGCGUGGGGUGUUUUCUUUGCUCUUCUGCUGAAAUAUGCCUGA